AUGAAGAGUUUUGCUCUUCUUUUACUAGUAGCAAUCUGUAGUGUGAGAGGAUUGGGACAGAAGCUGAAGCCAAAGAAAAGAAGCACUGCUGGAGACAUCAACUUUCGUACUAAAACCAAAGAUACUUGCAGAAUGAGCAUGAGUGGGGAUGAGGAGCUGAAACUUCGGAUAGAUUGCAAAAGCCAAGGCAUGUCCUACUGGUGUGAAUUCACUGGCAAGCCCUCAGUCUGUCGUGCUUUCAGAAACAAUCCCAAGAUUUACUGGAACCAGGUCGCUGCGGAGCUUAGGAAGCUCCCACAUGCUUGUGAAUCUUCACAAGUGCUGAAGACCACCAUGUGCCAAAAGGCUCCCCCAGAGGCUCUCAUGAUGCAAAUAGCUGCUGGGAUGGAGCCAGAUGUAGCAAACCAGGACCAAGUCCAGAAAAGUUCCACUUCUGUGAUGGCAGCAGGGAAAAGCCCUGCUAAGGAAAGAGGGAAACCUCCAGUACUGCCGACCCAGCAUGGCCAAGGGUCUGAAAAUGAAACUGAAGCGAUGAAACUGGCACGGGAGCAUUGCUGGGAAUCCCUGCAUGGUGUCUGCUCCUACAUUAUUGGCAUCUUUAGGGGUUAA